CCGUUUUCCUUCCUGAAAACUCAUGGCGCAUACGCGCUCUUCAUUCGACAGGGUGUUUUCACGCGCCCCGAGCACGUGCUUUUAUCAAUUGUGUGUUUGCAGCGGAUUUAUGAGAUUUACAGCUUGCCUUGCAUCUAUCAUACACAAUAUAUAACGGGUUGAAGCAAUAGGUUGAACCAUAUUUUUUACGGGCAUGCGCAAUUCAGCCAUACCCUCCCCCCGCAGUUAAGCCAGCGUUAUUUUAAAAGCUCCGUUCUGUUUACGAAAGCAGACCCCUGACCCCCGUAAGCUCCAAUGCAACAUUAAAAACAGUUUCUCUCUCUGAAAAGCACAACCCCUCUGUUGCUGGCAUUUUAUUUGAGGCAGUAGACACACUAUGACUGUGCUGCUGUGCUUGGUUUGGGGUUUAGAGAGACCGAGCUGUAAGUAGGUCGGGCUGGGUUUAAGCAGCUUAACUACGUCAGUCUAAGCUGAGAGGAAUUCAUCCAAAGCCCUCCGCGGUAGGCGGGGGCCUAACAGAGGCUGGCCUAGUUAAGCCUGAUUCUUAUUGUGUGCAGCACAGCCUGUUUUUGUUGUGCUAGGUAGCUGUGAGAGAACCCAGGAGCAGUGUGUGAAUUCAUGUAUUUGUUAGUCAUUGCUUAAGACUGUUUCAGAGAAGAAAAGAAGGCAAAUUAGGCAUGUUUGGGAGUUAGACUGGUGUUUCACUGUGGACCAAGAGGAGAGCGGAGCGGGUGCAAAUAAAGACAGCUGGAGGAGCAACUGCACUGAGUUUGAUUUCAGAAGGGUGACAGCCAUAGGCUUGAUGUAAUCUGUGUGAGCCUGCAAUGCUAUGAGAUGGCGUCCAGUUCUGUGUUUCUGUCCAGCAUGGUGGGUAAAGCUCGUUCGUCCAACUUCACCCUUUCUGAAAAGCUGGACCUGUUGAAGCUGGUUCGACCUCACAUCCGCAUCCUGGAGGAACAUACAAACAAGCAUGCGGUCAUUGUGGACAAGAACAAGUGCUGGGACACUGUGGCCGAGCAGUAUAAUGCUUUGGGAGGGGACAGACCCCACCGCACUGCUCAGGGCCUCAGGACCCUCUACAAGAGACUGAAAGAGUCAGCUAAACAGGAAGUGAUGCAGCGGAGACACGCCCAGCCUGAGUACAGAGCGAGCAUCUCUGAGCCAACCAGAAGGAUUAUGGAGAUGAUCCCUCACCUGUUUCACCAUGUGCCCAUUCAUGAAAAGGACCAGGCACUGCGCAGAUUAAUAUACAGCAAGCAUAACUCUCCUGUUGAGCAUCCUGGCAGCAGCUCUUCUUUGACUGGACUGCAAGAUUUCUCAGCAGCUAUCCCCAGUAUCCCUCAUGAGGUGGUUCAGCUGGACCCUGAAGAGGAUAUAAAGCCACCGGCAGACCUUCCCACCCUCACCACACACAUGGAGCAAGAGCUGGAUGGAGGCCAGGAGGAGGACGGAGAGCAAGAUUCGGGUAGUGCCCAUGAUUACGAAGCAUCCUUGUCUCCCACUCCCUCCUCUGUAAACAUCCCCCUCUCUACCUCACCACUGCCCUUGCGUCACAACUUCUACCCAAAUGACAUCUACCCUCAUCAUGAAUCAGACAGGUUUCGCCCUCUCCACCUGGCUAAAGAAGAGCAUGAACUGGUGUUAGCCAAUCACAGGAAGGUUGCUCUGUACCUAGAAGAGAAGAGAGAGGGGCUGAAGAGGAAGCAGGAACUGGAGGAAGAACUUCUGAGAGCAAAGAUCAAAGUGGAGAAACUAAAGGCUGCCCGACUGAGACAUGGGCUGCCAAUUCCUUUGUAACAAUAACAUUGUAACGUGGCUGUUAUUAGAAAAAUAGUGACUCUACCUGUUCAGAGUUUCUAAUGAGCAAUCACACUCAUCAGAUUAAUGUGUGAGCGCUAUUUUUAGAGCCUAAAUUUCUUUCAAAAAUAGUGCCUCAUACAGACAUGGAUACCCUGUUUGCUUAUUGCAGGAUAACUUUUUACUGCAGCCACUCUUUUUUUAAUACUUGUCAGUGCUAAAAAAUUGUUAGUGUUAAAUUGCUGAUGGACAUGGUGACAAAAGUAAAAGCUGACAUUCCUAAAAACUUUUAACUGGUUGAACUAAAUGAUAAGGUCCACAUUUUGGAAGGAGGUGUAAGUUGUGUUACAUCACAUGCAAGUCAUUUGUACUUUUUUGUCUUUGUUUUUAAAGAAGUGUAGGGAGUCAGAGAGCUUGGUCAGAUCUUAUCUGGAAAUGAAAUAUCUGGCCUCUGUGGAAUGAAGAGGCCAUACAUAUGAGGUGUUUUCUUUCAAGCUCUUUCAUAACUGAACAGUAUUAGAGAGAGCCAUUAAAAAAAAUAGAUCAACCAGGAUUGUAGCACAAUUUAAUCUUUUGAAAGCCUUAACACAGUAUCAUAUCGAUCUCAACAUUUAUGGUUUAAAGUGAAGUCAAAUGUUUUAAAAGUCUGAAAUUUCCCUAGUUGCUGAAUUAGUGCCCAGUUGAAGAAGAUAAAAGAAGGGAGAUGUGAAACUGAUUUUUGUUAUUGCUAUUUUUGUUUUGUUUGUAUUAUACUGUUGAUAUCUGGUUGUUGUCCGUUUCAUAUCUUCAUGUUGUCCAGUUAUAUACUUACCUGUUUCUAUUAAACAAAAACACCUGAUUACUUU